AUGUCCAGGCCUGGACAACGCAGCAAGCCCACUCGACGACACCCGUACCUGUCGGGCAACUUUGCGCCAGUCACCAAGUCAUGGCCGCCCACGCCAGUCUCAUGGACCGGCCGCAUUCCGGAAGAACUGCUGGGCGGGAUGUACGUCCGCAAUGGCGGAAACCCCGUGACCAAUGCCGACCUGGGCCGUGAGGCGCAUUGGUUUGACGGCGAUGGCAUGCUGUCAGGUGUCUGGUUCAGUCGCUCGCCCACGGACCCCACCCAGCCCGCUGUCCGCUUUGUCAACCAGUUCAUCCUCACCGACGUCUAUCUCACCGCCGUGGAGAACCCCGCCCUGCGCACCCCCAUUCUGCCAAGCAUUGCAACGCUUGUCAACCCCGCAUCCAGCCUAUUCUGGAUUCUCUGGAGGAUACUCCGCACCGUGCUGGUUGUACUGUGGACACACCUCUCCGGGUCUGCCAGCGCCAUCAAGCGAAUCAGCGUUGCAAACACGAGUGUACUGUACCACGAUGGGCGUGCCCUGGCCACCUGCGAGAGCGGCCCGCCCAUGCGCAUCCAAUUGCCUGGCCUCGAGACCGUUGGGUGGUUCAAUGGAAGUAGCGCCGAGGGUGAGCCCGCCUCGCAAGAGGUCAGCCAUGAUGGCGAUGCAAAACACGAAACCUUUGGCGGAACGGGACUGCUGAGCUGGAUGGGGGAGUGGACUACUGGCCAUCCAAAAGUUGACAAUGUGACGAAUGAGCUGGUUCUCUUUCACUGCAACUUUGUGCCGCCCUAUGUGCACUACUCAUUGCUCCCGGCAGAGAACUCGUCUGCAGGCCAGAGCGACUCCGAGUCCAAGGCCAUAGUCAGUGCUGCGGUGCCGGGGUGCUCGGGCGGACGGCUGAUGCAUGAUUUUGGUGUUUCGAGGCAUCACACGGUCAUUCUUGACAUACCGCUCUCGCUGACUCCACUCAACCUGGCCAAGAACAAGCCCGUCGUGGUGUACGAGCCCGAGAAGCCAGCGCGAUUCGGUGUGUUUCCACGCCGACACCCCGAGUUGGUGCGUUGGUUUGAGACGGAUGGGUGUUGCAUUCUGCAUACAGCCAACACGUGGGAUGAGUACGACAGCAGCAACCAAGUGGUGGCGGUCAACAUGCUGGCUUGUCGCCUGACUUCGGCAUCGCUGGUAUUCAGCGCGGGCAACAUUGAACCUCCGCCACACCCCAGUCGCAAAGAAAAGUCACGCAGCAGGCCCAUGUCGUUCUUUGCCAAGUACAUUGACGAUGAAGAUGACAUGGACCCCGAAAAGCGGUCGCUGGAGGAAACAUCACCUUUGCUGGGCAAUUCAGAAGAGCCGGGUCCUUGGACACGGCGUCCGAAUAUACCGAUAUCGCACGAUGAUGAGGAGCAGUGCCGGUUAUACUACUACCGCUUCUCGCUGCAGGCAGGGUGCAACGCGAUCACGCACGAGUUUGCACUGUCGGCCAUUCCGUUUGAGUUUCCUACCGUGUCGCCGGUUACGGACAUGACACGAGCACGUUAUGUGUAUGGGUGCAGCACUUCGGACGAGUCAUUUGGUGCAGCGCUGGGCAAGGCGACGAAAAUCGAUGUGCUGGUGAGAAUGGACAUUCAAGGUCUGCUGACGCGGGCGCACCACUCAGCUCCGGCGACGGUGAGCGGGUGCGUCGAUGGCCGUUCGAUGGAUGAGAUUCUUGCAUCGGAUGAUGCCAACGACACAAUCAAAGCAUUCCGGCUGCCGGCGAAUCACUUUGGACAAGAAGCCAGGUUUGUAGCGCGGAAGGGGUCGAAGCAUGCGGGCAGUGACGAGACAGGCUCGGCCGAGUUGGACGGAUACCUGCUCUUCUAUGUGUUCAACGAAGAGCAGCUAGACGAGGAUGGUGAAUGCAGGCCUGAUGCCAAGAGUGAGCUGUGGGUGCUGGAUGCAAGAGAUAUGCAGACGAUUGUAUGCAAGGUGCAGCUGGCAACCAGGGUGCCGUAUGGCCUGCACGGAAACUGGUUCACCGAGGAAGACAUUGCCCGCCAACGACAGGUUGAACGGACGCGAUCCGAGACACGCAGUGGUAGUGAUGGGCGAUCGAGUCGAUUUCAGAAGAGCAUUGCUGGUCGUCUUGGCUGA